CCAGCCCUCCGUACUGAGACUUAUCAUGAACCAUGCAGAGAUCUGAAACCACCAGCCCAACUAGACGAGUGAUUUUUUCCAACGCUGAAGGAUCUAGAAGACUGAAUUGUUCAGAUCGUGCAAAACUUGAUUCAACUUUUGGGCACGGAGUAAGUCACGAGGCGUUCACAGGAGGAUUUUCUACCCUUCACCCGGUUUGAAUGACAAAGGCGAGCCCGUGGGAAAAACUCGCGCCUUCACAAGAUGGACAAAAGAACGGGACAGUUUCAACCUUUCAUUUUAUUAGUCGCGCUUGUGGUGGUCUGUGAGAGUCGUGUGGUGAAGGUUCCAGUUGGUCCACUGGUACAUGUCGAGGGGCAGGCUGUGUCCAUUCGCUGUGAUGUAUCGGAGUAUGAGGGACCCAGAGAUCAGGAGUUCGAGUGGUCUAUGGUGCUCGCUGGUGACCAUCAGCUCCAGCUUAUCUCCACGUUUGAUAACACUUACACAGACAUUUCAGUGAUGGACCGGGUCAAAACUGGUGAUAUCAGUUUUAGUAAGCUCGGGGAUGCUGCUGUGGAACUGAAGUUCAAGAAGGUCAGAGCAACAGACAGUGGCGUUUAUCGUUGCAGUACACCGAGCACGGAUUCAGUUAUCAGUGGGAACUACAACGCCAAUGUAGAGCUCAAAGUGAUCGGGGACAGUCUGAAGGUGGCUACUUCCAUUCCCAAGCCAACGGUGUCUGAGGGAGAAUCAGUGGAGCUUCACUGCAAUGCUACCCGAGGCUUUACAGAGCACACCUUCCUCUCAGUCACCUGGUCUAUAAGAAAAGGGAAGAACCCAUUAGAGGAAAUCUUGACGUUUGGACCGGAUGAUAAGAUCGUAGUAGGGAGCAACUACAUCCAGAAAUACUCAGACAGUGGGUUUCAGCUGGACCUUCGUGGAGGGGGCUUUUAUGGACUGGUCCUGAAAGGGGCAAUGCCAACAGAUCAAGGAGAAUACACAUGUAUGGCCCGAGAGUGGGUGAGGCAGGGUGAAGAAAGAAGAAACUGGCAGAAGAUUCUAGAAAGGACUGAGGAAAUGGGAAAGGUUGUAGUUACACCAACAGCCCAGUCUCUGGUGGUUGCCGUGGAGAAGAACACUACACUCAACGUGGAUGACACCCUGAAUCUGACCUGCAAAGUGUCUGCUAAUGGCCUGCCCACUCUCAGUCUGGAAGUGAUGUGGCUGGUCAAAUCGGUCAAUGGCUCAGGCAGCCCACGGGUUCUGAUCCAUAUAGGACGUGAUGGGCUCUUACAGAAUGGGUCAGAAGCUGUGGGUGUGAGCAGAGUCAAUGCAGGAAAACUCAGACUGCUCCUUCACAAGGUAGAGGUCUCAGAUUCUGGAUUGUACUCUUGCCUUGUCAAGGCCUGGCUUCCACAGGGCAAUAGAAGAUGGUACCAGGCAGCGGAGAAAAUAUCUGACCCUGUACAAGUUCUUGUGACCCGUCAAGAGCCACAGUUUAAGGUGACCCUAGAAGCCCCUCUGACCCCUCAGUUUACCAGUGACCCCACUGAACUACGAUGUCAGGUGACUGACCUCCUCAACCUCCAAGAUGGCCGCCUGGGCGUGUCCUGGUCUUACUCCACUAACACACCUGGAGAUGUGUCUCAGAAGAAGAGCCCGAUAGCCUCCCUCAAUGAGGAUGGAGCUCUGAUGACAGGUAGUGAGUACCAGCAGAGGCUGGAGAGAGGAGACAUAGCAGUGUCCAGGAGAGAACCCAACAUCUUCAUUCUGCGAGUGCUACAGACUCGAGACGCAGACAUGGGCUCUUAUUUUUGCACCGUAACUGCGUGGACUCCUGCCCGGCAAGGUGGAUGGGAAAAAGCGAAGGAUGUCCAGUCAACUCCUGUGAUUGUUCAGUGGUCACCAAAGAUACCGGUUUUGCGUGUAGCAGCGCAUCGCGUGAGAGAAGCUUCCACUGGUGGAUCCACGUUUGAGAUGAGCUGCCAGGUGACUGGUCAGAACCUACAGAAUCCUGGUUACUCUGUGCUCAUCCGCUUUGAGGAGACUUUGGGAGGAAAGUCACGCAAAGUUUUAUCACUUAGUCCGGACUCAGUCCUACAGCUAGAGGAGUGGAGCGAGCCGAGCCGAAUUGACAGUGUGGUUCUGGAGAAGACCGGGCAGCUAGAGUACCGCUUCCGUUUGUAUGGGGCGCAGGUCUCGGAUCGUGGGUUCUAUUAUUGCGAUGUAACAGCCUGGACGCGUGACCAGAGCCAAGACUGGAUCAAAGCCGUCAGUGCGGAAUCCAACAAGAUCGAGAUUGCUUUUGCAGACACAGGUCCAGUAUUCAACAUAGCCAUCCAUUUGGGUGCCAAGAAGGUGUUACCUGGAGAGACAGUAAAAAUGAAGUGCAUCAUGUCCACGCUGGGCACCACUCCAAACAAUGGUGAUGUGGCGUUUGACGUGCGCUGGUUCCAGCGUCCAGAGCGGGCUGUAGAUAAUGGAGGCAUCACACCUCUCAUCAGUAUGGACCGCUUGGGUGUGGUGAAGAAGACUGUCUCGAAUGACAGCACUCAGUGCAGUCUGGAGCGCACGGACCUGCAGACGUUUGUCCUUAGUGUGCACAAGACACAGGACAGGGAUGUGGGAGAAUACUACUGUACCGCCACGCCUUGGCUCCUGUCCCCUGCUACUGGAGCCUGGACCAAGGGACAGGACCUCACCUCUGCUGCUGUGCUUCUCUCUGUCAAUAUAGAAUUGUGGGAAUCACUGAAGAUGCCUGUGGGAUACGGUGUAGUUGCUGCUGUGAUCGCUGGGCUUCUCUCAGUGCUGCUGGGUCUCGCUGUCUCCCACUGCUGUUUCUCUAGAAACCCCAUGCACAUGCCCCGCCCACGCAACCAAAAGCUCCCAAAGCUGAUGGAUCUGGAGAUGGAUUAAACCAGUCCACCUUCCCGUGGCUGUGACCCAACCUGGCCAAAAAAACACUACAACCGCCUUGUAUUAUGCCAUUGGACAGGAUGUCUUGGAUAUGCACAUUGCUUAAAAAGAAAUGGAGAACCUGUUCGAUCAGAUGCACUCUGAAGAUUGGGCCACUCCAUGUUCACAAUACGGAGUGAUACACAUAUUAUUCUCAGGAAUAGAGCACUGAUGGCCCCAACCUAUGAUUUUUCCACUCUAACAUGUAACGCACCCUGAUUGCUGAGAGCCGAUACGAUGAGAGCUUCGGGAAUAUAGGAAAUGACAUUUGUCAUCCAGUGCAAGCUUGUGACUGCGCGGUGGCCCAAGCAGCAAUGUUACACUUUGCACAAAUUAUUAUUAUUUGUUUUUCAUGGGAAUCAUGGGAAGGACUUUAACAAAAGAGGCAAGAAUCUUUGAGUCACUCUGCUUUACGAAACUCUGUAUCAAAUUUAACUGCUGUCAUCCCCAUAGGCUUUGUUUGUCACGUUGCCUUUGUGGCCCCCCUUCCUGCCCCCAACAGUUGGAACACCUCAAAUGGUUGACCUUCCCAGUCUAGGGAAGGGAAAAAGGAGGAGAGAGAUGUUGGCUGAUGGAUGAGCGCCCCAAGACUGACACAGCAUCCUUGUGGGAUCCAGAAGUGACCAUUUAGAGCACAGCACUUUUAGACAGACCCAAAAGGCUGUCAAUCUGUGGCUUGGCUUCAAGCACCCUGCCUUAAAGAACGCUUGUCUGGUUAGAGGCAUUUCAACGGCCCUCAUAACUGAUAUCCACAUUGUUGUUAUUAACUCUUUCCUAACCUGUUCUUUCCUGCCCACAAACAAUGAGAACCAUGAAUAUCCGUCUCGGUUACUAAGACCUGCUUUUUUAUGUCAAAAUGCACUCAUUGCACCCUCACUGACACGACUGACCCGCACUGACAUGAUUGUAGUAGAUCCUUUCGUGCACAUGCUCGCUUUAAUCCACCAUGUGGUCAGACAAGUAUUUUCGGAGAAGUGAAGCUGUUGGAAUGCACACAAUGAAGUGGUUUCAUUGUAGUGUCUCAGAGCAAGAAUGCCAUCCAGACCCACAUUUAUACAUUAGAAAGUACAAGGGAAUUUUCCGCAAUCUUACUUUUAUGUUGUUGCUUUAUGAUGUUUGUAAGUAGUUGUUUUUAAAAUUGUUCUGUUUUUAAGUUCUGUGAAUUUGUAUGCGCUUUUUUUAUCUGUAUUUUUUAUUUUUAUUUUUUUUUGGUCAGUGACUGACCCUCCAGCUCUCAAAAAACAGAUGAAAUCCAACAUUAAAUAAUUCCUAAUAAAAAAAUUGUUGAGUUGA